AUGGGCCGCAGCACCGGGAAGGGCUCCUCUCACCUGCCGCAGCAGUUGAAGUUCACGACCUCCGACUCCUGCGACCGCAUCAAGGACGAGUUCCAGCUCCUGCAGGCCCAGUACCACAGCUUGAAGUUGGAAUGUGACAAACUGGCCAGUGAGAAAUCGGAGAUGCAGCGUCACUACGUCAUGUAUUACGAGAUGUCCUACGGGCUGAAUAUUGAAAUGCACAAACAGGCUGAAAUCGUCAAGAGGCUAAAUGGGAUUUGUGCACAGGUUCUGCCCUACCUUUCGCAAGAGCAUCAGCAGCAAGUCCUGGGAGCCAUUGAACGAGCCAAGCAGGUUACGGCACCAGAACUGAACUCCAUCAUCCGUCAGCAGCUUCAAGCUCACCAGCUGUCGCAGCUCCAAGCCCUCGCUCUGCCUCUGACUCCGCUCCCUGUGGGCCUCCAGCCCCCAUCCCUCCCUGCUGUCAGUGCCGGCACCGGGCUCCUCUCGCUCUCGGCCUUGGGCUCGCAGGCUCACCUCUCCAAGGAGGACAAGAACGGCCACGACGGGGAUGCCCACCAAGAUGAUGAUGGGGAGAAAUCGGAUUAGAGUGACUGGGGGG